AUGGCAACAAAUGUCUAUCGUCUACAGAUUGUUAAUCUUCUAAGAAAGUUGGGUUUAUCCAUCAAUGACAAGGACAAAAUCAAACCACAGAAAGUUUCCCGCGUAGUGGGUGCUUUGAAGAAUGAGACUCCACAAUCCAGGAACUUCAUCCGAGGGAUGCAAACUGUAACUUUAAUCCCUGGUGAUGGAAUCGGUCCAGAGAUCUCUACUGCUGUCAUGAAGAUAUUUGAAGCAGCUAAAGCCCCCAUACAGUGGGAAGAGAGAAAUGUUACUGCCAUUCAAGGCCCUGGUGGGAAGUGGAUGAUUCCUCCUGAUGCCAAAGAAUCCAUGGACAGGACCAAAAUUGGCCUGAAAGGUCCUUUGAAGACACCAAUAGCAGCUGGGCACCCCUCUAUGAAUCUCCUGCUGAGGAAGACCUUUGACCUCUAUGCCAAUGUGCGUCCCUGUGUGUCUAUCGAGGGUUACAAAACUCCAUACACUGGUGUGAACCUGGUUACCAUCAGGGAGAACACUGAGGGAGAAUACAGCGGUAUUGAGCAUUUGAUUGUGGAUGGAGUUGUGCAGAGUAUUAAACUCAUCACAGAAAAAGCCAGCGAGCGAAUUGCCGAGUACGCUUUUGAAUAUGCGAGAAAUAAUCAGAGGGCCAGCGUCAUUGCCGUUCACAAGGCUAAUAUCAUGCGCAUGUCAGAUGGACUCUUCCUUCGAAAAUGCAGAGAGGCUGCCGAAAAGCACAAAGACGUGAAAUUCACUGAAAUGUACUUGGACACCGUGUGCCUUAAUAUGGUACAGGAUCCCACACAGUUUGAUGUCCUGGUGAUGCCAAAUUUGUACGGAGACAUCUUGAGUGACCUCUGUGCUGGAUUGAUUGGAGGUUUGGGAGUGACCCCCAGUGGAAACAUAGGGGCAAACGGCGUGGCUAUAUUUGAGUCGGUGCAUGGAACCGCUCCAGAUAUAGCAGGAAAAGACAUGGCCAACCCCACUGCCCUGCUGCUCAGUGCAGUCAUGAUGCUGCGGCACAUGGGUCUGCACGGCUACGCCAACAACAUCGAAGCAGCCUGUUUUGACACCAUUAGAGACAAGAAGGUUCUAACCGGAGACCUGGGAGGAAACUCCAAGUGCUCAGAAUUCACUGAGGCUAUAUGUCAAAGAGUGCGGGACAUGGAAUGA